CAUCACCCAAGUCCAUCUCCUGCAAAAUCUUCCCCGGAAGGCGUCUUGAUAAACGCUUUCGUUCCAAAUCUCAUUCUUUCUUCCAUCGGAUCUACUUUUGUUGUUUUCUUUCGUCUCUUAAUCAGCGAAAAUGAGAGAGUGCAUUUCGAUCCACAUUGGUCAGGCUGGUAUUCAGGUCGGAAAUGCCUGCUGGGAACUCUACUGCCUCGAGCAUGGUAUCCAGCCUGAUGGCCAGAUGCCAAGUGACAAGACUGUUGGUGGAGGAGAUGAUGCCUUCAACACCUUUUUCAGCGAAACUGGUGCGGGGAAGCACGUCCCACGUGCCGUCUUUGUAGAUCUUGAGCCCACUGUCAUUGAUGAAGUCAGAACCGGAACUUACCGCCAACUUUUCCAUCCUGAACAACUCAUCAGUGGCAAGGAAGAUGCUGCCAACAAUUUUGCCCGUGGACACUAUACCAUUGGCAAGGAAAUUGUUGACCUGUGCUUGGACCGUAUCAGAAAGCUUGCUGACAACUGCACUGGUCUGCAAGGUUUCCUUGUAUUCAAUGCUGUUGGUGGUGGUACUGGAUCUGGUCUUGGAUCCCUUCUCUUGGAGCGUUUGUCUGUUGACUAUGGAAAGAAAUCCAAGUUGGGUUUCACUGUCUAUCCAUCUCCUCAGGUUUCUACAUCUGUUGUUGAGCCCUACAACAGUGUCCUUUCAACUCAUUCCCUGUUGGAACACACUGAUGUGGCUGUGCUUCUUGAUAAUGAAGCCAUCUAUGAUAUCUGCAAGCGCUCUCUUGACAUUGAACGACCCACCUACACCAACCUCAAUAGACUCAUCUCUCAGGUCAUUUCCUCCCUGACUGCUUCUCUGAGGUUUGAUGGUGCUUUGAAUGUGGAUGUCACUGAAUUCCAGACCAACUUGGUUCCCUACCCUAGAAUCCACUUCAUGCUUUCCUCCUAUGCACCCGUUAUCUCAGCUGAGAAAGCCUACCACGAACAACUCUCUGUUGCUGAAAUCACCAACAGCGCCUUUGAACCUGCAUCUAUGAUGGCUAAGUGUGAUCCUCGCCAUGGCAAGUACAUGGCCUGCUGCCUGAUGUACCGUGGUGAUGUCGUGCCUAAGGACGUUAAUGCUGCAGUUGCUACCAUCAAGACCAAGCGUACAAUUCAGUUUGUUGACUGGUGCCCCACUGGAUUCAAGUGCGGUAUCAACUACCAGCCACCCACAGUUGUUCCUGGUGGUGAUCUGGCGAAGGUCCAGAGGGCUGUGUGCAUGAUCUCCAACUCCACCAGUGUUGCUGAGGUGUUCUCUCGCAUUGACCACAAAUUUGACCUCAUGUACUCCAAGCGCGCCUUCGUUCACUGGUAUGUUGGUGAGGGUAUGGAGGAAGGUGAGUUCUCCGAGGCUCGCGAGGAUCUCGCUGCACUCGAGAAGGAUUAUGAAGAGGUGGGUGCGGAAUCAGCCGAGGGCGAGGAUGAAGACGGCGAGGAGUACAUGUGAGGUGCUGCAUCCAAUGAAGUGCUUGGCACUUUGAUACGAGUUGUUGUUUGGCAGUGCCAUGUGUCCUGCUCCAAAGGUGUUUAAGGAACCCUUUUAUGUUAAAGCUACUGCGACUUGUUUCCUAUUCUAUUCUAUAUGGAAUGUGAUUUAGUGGAUUGAGCGUUUUUCAGACACUGUGGAACACAAUUUAUGUCUCCGAAGCAUGAAAGAUGGCAUUAGGAAAGCAUACAAUUAAAAAAUUGUUUUUUGGAUUUCAGAUUUGUUUGAUUCUACAUCUCAUUUCAAUUGAUGAUGCAACCAAGUUUUUAUUUUUA